AUGGAGGCUCGUCUUCUUAUCAAAGCCAUAGGUUUCAUUUUCACUAUGGUUGUUGGAAUUCCUGGAAAUGUCUUUAUUCUAUUAAAAUUUACCUUCAUCAAGAUAACUUUGAAGAAAUUCAUAUCAGCCAACACCAUUUUGAUGGUCCUUGCCUUGUCAAAUCUUCUUGUGGUGUUCUCCCGUGUUAUACCACAAGCUCUUCAUGCCAUCGGUGUGGAAGAUCUACUAGAUGACACCAAAUGCAAACUAGUUCUUUUUACAUACAGAGUGAGCAGGGCUAUGUCUAUUUGUAUCACUAGUUUUCUCAGUUGUCAUCAAUGUGUCCUUGUUGCUCCUAUCACUAGAUAUUGGACUUACUUAAAAGAAAAAUUAAGUAAAAAUGUAUCUCUUAUCAUGAUUUUAAUCUUAGGUAUGAACAUUUUACUAUACCCUUCCACCAUUUUGUAUGGAAAAGCUAAAUCAAAUGAUACUUCUCCUUAUUCACUACAUCUGGUUUAUUGUGAUGCAGAUUUUUCAACAUAUAUGUCCUUCUUGUUUAAUGGUCUAGUAUCUGUAAUUCGGGAGAUCAUAUUUGUGGGAUUAAUGACACUAUCAAGCAGCUACAUGGUAUCUAUUUUAUACCAACAUGGGAAAAUUGUCAAACAUAUACGCAGUUCUGACCGAGAUCAAAGAACAUCUGUGGAGUACAGAGCAUCUAGAGCAGUAAUCCUAUUAGUUACCCUGUAUGUUAUUUUAUAUGGCAUGGAUAACUCUAUGUGGAUUUAUACUUUGUCACUAUCCACUGUGAGCCCGGAAAUUAAUGACACUCGGAUACUUCUUGCUGCCUCUUAUGCGGCCCUCAGCCCCGUCGUUAUUAUAGCCACUAACCCCAAGCUACACAGAAAAACAAAGAAUUUGUGGAAAAAGAAAAUUAAUGAGGUUCAAAAAGGUGGUAUAAAAAAUAUUAGUUUUGUAAGCUCAAUCAGUUAA